UUGUCAUUAUACCAAGUGUCAAAAUGAAACAAUUCGGAUUAUUCGGAAUCACAACAAAACUUGUUAAAAAUCUAAUUAUUAUUUUUAUCUAAUUGCUAGAGGCUAACAUUUGAUUUCCAUCAUGUUAACGUUGUGGAAUUUAUUUGAAGCCUCAUUACUAUGCCUUAACGCAGUUUGUGUACUACACGAAGAGAGGUUUAUGCAAAAAAUGGGAUGGGGUGCCAAUAGUCCAAACCAAGGUUUUGAGGACCAGUCAUCUGUAAAAUUCCAAAUAUUGAACUUAGUGAGAUCCAUUAGAACAGUCACUAGAAUUCCACUUAUAAUUCUCAAUAUAUUAACAAUAAUUUUUAAAUUAUUGUUAGGAUGAAGGAAACAUAGCAUAGUUUGGGGAAAGCAUGUGAAACCUCAAGUACAUACAUGUUAUGUUACCUGCACUUACAUGUAUUAAAUUUUUUACACUUAGUAUUUUUAAGGCAUUUGUAAAUAAACAUUAUUUCAAAAUACCU